AUGAGCGCGACAUUCGGCACUCUGUCAGCAUUUGAUGCUACAGAACAAACUUGGGAAGAAUACUGUGAGAUUCUUGAUCAGUUUUUUGAAGCAAAUGACAUUGAUGAUGGUGAUAAGCAGAGGGCUAUACUUAUUAGUGUGGUGGGACCAGCCACGUAUAAGCUAAUGAGAAACCUCGUGAGCCCGGACAAGCCCAGCUCUAAAACGUACAGUCAGUUGGUUACAAGGCUGAAAGAGCACUUUAAUCCAAAACCAAGUGAGAUUGUGCAAAGAUACAAGUUUGACUCUCGUUCCCGUGAACCUGCUGAGUCCGUUAGUGCAUACAUAGCAGAGCUCAGGCGCCUGGCUCAAGAUUGUAAUUUUGGUACUACGCUGGAACGGCGGCUGAGGGAUCGUCUCGUGUGCGGGAUUGAUAACGACAGGAUUCAAAGACGUCUGCUGUCGGAGAGUGACCUGACAUUUGAAAAAGCAUUUCAGAUAGCUGUGGCCGUAGAAGCUGCAAACAGGAACGUUUCAGACUUGCAACAGUCGGCGGCGUGUCACAGCAUGGUGACGAAGGGAAAAGAAAAGAGAGCAGAUUGGGAAAAUGGAGAGAGUGAGUGUUACCGAUGUCAUGGCACACGCCACAGUGCUGUCGAAUGUAGGUUUAAAGACGCCAAAUGUCACAUUUGUGGAAAAAUAGGACAUAUUGCCAGGGCAUGCAGGUCCAAAAAUAAAAAGAAAGAUGAGACCAGUCUUAAGGGAAGAGGAGCACGUCAAGGCGGGCGCCAAGGACGGUCACACAAAUCACACAAGGUAUGUGAAAAACAAGAGGAUGACAAUAGUUCAGAUCAAGAUGAAGAAGCCUUCACUCUAGCAUGUUUGUCGACGGAAACGUCUAUCCAGAAAGUUGAGCCCUUCGAAGUAAAAGUGGAAGUUAACAGAACAGAAGUGAAGUUUGAAAUUGACACAGGAUGUAGUGUCAGUCUUAUGAAUGAAAACCACUUUUCGGAGUUGUGGCAUAAAGACAGUCGACCACAGAUUAAAGAAAGUAAACUCUCUCUUAAGUCCUAUGGUGGAGAGAAAAUUACAGUGGUUGGCAUAGCUCAGGUUGAGGUGAGUUAUGCAAACCAGAAGAAAACGCUGCCCCUAGUGGUAGUGAAGGGAACUGGACCAAAUCUGCUAGGCAGAGGAUGGCUGGAAGAAUUGAAAGUCAAGUGGGAUGAGAUUAGACACGUGAAAACAGAGGCACAAGGAUUACAGGAAGUUCUCUUGAGACAUGAAGAGGUUUUUAAAGAAGAACUGGGAAUGUUAAGAGGUGUGCAUGCAGCCAUCCGUGUAUCUGCAGACGCCCAGCCUAAAUUUUACAAGCCCCGUUCAGUCCCAUAUGCCAUGAGGUCUAAGGUGGAAGAGGAGUUAGAACGACUUUUAAAGGAGGGUAUCGUAACCCCAGUGAAGUAUGCAGAUUGGGCCGCGCCCAUUGUGCCCGUUCUAAAGCCGGAUGGCUCUAUCAGAAUUUGUGGUGAUUAUAAAUUAACAGUAAACAAGGCUUCAUCACUGGAACAAUACCCAAUUCCCCGCGUUGAAGACCUUUUCAAUUCACUAACAGAAGGCAAACUGUUUACCAAGCUCGACCUAAGUCAUGCGUAUCAGCAGAUAGUUAUGGAUGAGGACUCCCAGAAAUACCUGACGAUAAACACGCACUGUGGCCUUUUCACUUAUAACAGACUACCAUUUGGAGUGUCAUCAGCCCCAGCUAUUUUCCAAAGAACAAUGGAAAGCUUGUUGCAAGGUCUCCCAAAUGUAGUAGUUUACUUGGAUGACAUACUGCUAACUGGAAGUGACACCAGAGGACACCUGAAAACGCUGGAUGAAGUUCUCAAACGACUAAAGGAAGCCGGACUGCGACUGCACAGGAGUAAAUGUGCAUUCUUACAGGAUCAGGUGGAAUACCUGGGUCACAGAAUUGAUGCGGAAGGUUUGCACCCAGUACAAAGCAAAGUGAGAGCCAUUGAGGAAGCUCCGCCUCCCACAACAGUGACGGAACUAAAAGCUUUUUUGGGCCUCCUGAACUACUACAACAAGUUUCUUCCUAACCUUGCUACACGCUUGGCACCAUUACAUCAUCUGCUGAGGAAAGGAGUUCCUUGGCGUUGGAAUAAAGAACAGCAGGAAGCAUUCAGCUUAGCUAACCAGCUGCUGAAAUCUGCCAACGUACUGUGUCAUUACUCAGCAGACAGAGACCUGGUGCUUGCAUGUGACGCCUCCCCAUACGGCGUGGGAGCCUUGCUGUCACAUGUGAUGGAAGAUGGGAGUGAGCGACCUUUGGGGUUCAUGUCAAGGACAUUAACGCCAGCGGAAAAGCGUUACUCACAGCUUGACAAGGAGGGGUUAGCCAUCAUAUUCGGGAUCAAACGAUUUCACAAGUACAUUUUUGGUCGGAAAUUCACAAUCAACACUGACCACAAACCUCUGAUCUCCCUUUUUAAUGAAACGAAACCAGUGCCACAGAUGGGAUCGCCAAGAGUGCAAAGGUGGUCUACCCUGUUGAGAGCAUAUGAGUACAACAUUGUAUACAAGCCAGGUCAAGUUCACGCUAACGCUGAUGCAUUGAGUCGUCUGCCACUGCCACAGACUGAUGAGGAGGAAGACUCAGGACAAGUCUUCAUGCUGGAUGUGAUGGAUAAUCCACCCAUCACCACAUCCCAAGUACAACAAUGGACAGCUAAAGACCAAAUUCUGUCACAAGUGCUGUCAUGGUGUUUAAAAGGUUGGCCCAACAAAGUGGACACUCAGUUCAAGGCCUACAGUCAGAGAAGGUUAGAGUUGAGUGUGAAAGAUGGAUGUGUACUGUGGGGUGCCAGAGUGGUUGAUCCACCGAAGGGAAGGUCUACCCUUUUAAAACAACUACAUUGUAUACAUCCUGGCAUCUCAAGGAUGAAAGGUUUGGCACGUUCUUACAUGUGGUGGCCCGGGAUGGAUGCUGAAAUAGAGAAGGAAGUACAAUCCUGCCGCACAUGUCAGGAAAAUAGGAAGGCUCCAGCUGCUGCACCCCUGCAUCCUUGGGAGUGGCCAGAGACACCCUGGAGUAGACUACAUGUAGAUUAUGCCGGCCCUCUCUCGGGCAAGAUGUUUCUUGUUGUGGUAGAUGCACAUUCGAAAUGGAUUGAUGUGUAUCCCACGAACAGUGCAACAAGUCAAGUUACCAUAGAGAAACUCAGACAGUGUUUCAGCACACAUGGCCUACCCCAGAUGAUAGUUUCAGACAACGGCACAUGCUUCACGAGUCAAGAGUUUGAAAUGUUCUUGAAACAGAAUGGAAUACAGCAUGUUACAUCUGCACCUUUCCACCCAGCAUCUAAUGGCCUGGCUGAAAGGGCUGUACAGACAUUCAAACAAGGCCUGAAGAAAACUAAUGGGGACACUUUGGAGACAAGGUUGGCAAGAUUCCUGUUUAACUACAGAAUCACACCACAAUGUACCACAGGUUUGUCACCUGCUGAGCUGCUGAUGUCACGGAGAUUGCGUUCUACGCUGGAUCUCUUACUGCCGGACAUAAAGGCGAAAGUACGUAAGAAGCAAGCAAACCAGAAGGAAUAUCAUGACAACCACAGCAAGUGGAGAAGCUUUUCUCCCGGCGAUGAUGUGUUCAUCCGUAACUACAGUCAUGGACCGAAGUGGGUGCCUGCCAUCCUUUUAGGGAGCACAGGUCCAGUGUCUUAUACGGUGCAGAUGGGAGAUGGACGUGUCAUGCGGCGUCAUGUUGAUCAAAUCAAGAAACGACAUGUGAUGCAGAGGGGGAUGGAUUGGGCUGGAGCACAGUGUGCUCUUCAGUUUCCAGAUGAAGUAGUGGCACUCGGGCCGAUGGACUCGGUGGCUCCAUCUUCAGGAGGAAGGGCAUUAGUGGAGCCUGCUGAAACAGCUCAGGUUCAUUUUCCUGUGGUGGAUGUGCCAGACGUGGACAUUGAACAGAGAACCGAUCCACCACCAGUACUACGCCGCUCAGAUCGUCAAAGGAAGACUCCUCCUUAUCUGAAUGACUUUUUAUGCGAGUAG